AUGACCGGUGAAAAGAUGCUCGUUAUUUUUCUGACAAUUCUUAAUUGUGUAGCUGUUUAUGGUUUAUAUGAGGACCAGGCUGGUAAAUUUGAUUGGAGACAGCAAUAUGUUGGACGCAUCGACCAUCUGUUUUGGGACCAGUCCAUUACUUUGGGUAAAAGGAUUUUAGUAGCAACAGACCAGCAUAUUGUGGCAGCUAUCCACAGUCAUAACGGAAGCAUUGCAUGGAGGAAGAUCCAGGAAGAUGAUGACAGAGGAGUGAUAGAUGCCAUCGAUCAUCAAAAUAAUGCGCUUGUAACUAUCAGCGGGAAGGGCAGAUUUGUCAGAAGUUGGCAACCUAGCAGUGGCUCCCUCUACUGGGAAGUUGAAACAUUUAAAUCUAGUGAACCAGGCACCAGUGGAGAUGUAAGAAUUUACAGUAAAGAUGAAGUAUUGGCGUUAACACCGACGGGAGUGUACAAGUUCAACCUACAUAAUGGCAAGGAGAAAUGGAACCUACAACUACCUACAAAAGACAACGUGGUGUUUGACAGACUUGUUUUACAUGGGAGUAACUUACAUGCUGUUGGUCGAUCAGUUGGUGCUCAUGUGAUGGUGGUAUCUGCUGACAUAGAGGGCACUCUAAAACAACAGCGAUCUGUACCUGCUGCUUGGAUAAAGGAUGAUACAGACUGUGAAACUCUAGAUGUUGGAGUCAUGCUUUGUUACGAUGACGUUUCAUCGAACCUUCAGUUGCUGAACUUAGAGUCUGGUCAGGUGUUUGUGGAGGUUGAGUUACAGGAGCUGAGAUUAUCAGCUGAAGGGAAAGCUGUCUCACUGGAGAAAAUCAGACUCCAUACUUCUGAUCAUAGCAAAUCUCAUCUGCUUCUCCGUCUGGGAAAGGACCAUAUGGCUCUUCUCAAAGUCAGCAAGGAUCAAAUUCAGGUGGUGAAGGAUCUCCCCAAGGUGUCAGCUGCCUAUGUGUCUAAAGUGGAGGAUCUGGAUAUCCUGUUGACACUCCAGAGAGCAUCUAAACAGAGUGUACUUCUUGUGGGAUAUGAUCUAGCAUCUGGUGGAGAGAUUACAGAAUUGUCACAAAGUAUUUUGUUUCCUUCCAGCCAUGGUCUGCCUAUCAUGCUGGAUGCUGUUGUGGUGAAGAAGAAUGGCCGCUUGGCAUACAAAGCUGUGGUGAGGUCUGAGGAUCAGUCCCUUCAACUUGUCCAAAAGACUGGGAGAGUGUCCUGGAAGAGAGAGGAAGCUUUGGCCUCAGUUCUGGCUGUAGAAAUGGUGGACUUCCCUGUGUCUGAAAACCAGGCAAAAUAUGAGGAUGAGUUUGGUGCUCAGAAAGAAGAUAUUAUCAGCAUGUUUGUGAAGAGGUUUACCACACAGUUUCAGCAGCUAAAAACUCUCGCCAUCCAGCAGCUACAAAAGUUACAGGGUCAUCGUCAUCACGGCAUCCUGGAGGCUGAUGCUAUUGAGGGAGAUGAAGAAGAAGAGGAGCUAACACGUGAUGAGUUCAAUAUCAAUAAGAUGAUUGUACUGGUUACUGGGGCUGGCAAAAUUUUUGGACUGAGAAGUACAAAUGGCCAUGUACAGUGGUCGGUUUACUUGCCUGAUUUGAUCGCCUUUAGGAGUAAUGACAAGGAAAAGAUAUUGUUGUUUGUACAAAGAACCACCGCCCAUUUUCCUAACCUUCCUCAGUGUGUUAUUAUAGGGAAGAAUAAGAGGACUGGUCAGGGCCUGCUAUAUGCUUUUAACCCCAUCAGUGGUCAGCCUGUUGGAGAUGUCCCAUAUGGAGGACUGAACCUCGAUUACAAUGUCAGACAAGCCUUUAUGAUCGGUGAAGUAGAUGAUCAUUUUCUUCGUGGGAUCGUUUUCCUGGAUGAUAAUCAUCAGAUCCAUACCUACCCUGAAGCAUUCAUGUCUGUUGCCAUGGAUAUCCUCCCUAGUAUAUUUAUGUACACUGCUGAUUCCAACACAGGCUAUUUGAAAGGCUUUAAAGCCAGGUUAAGGAAUAAGGAUAUCGUUGCUGACAAUGUGUGGAGUAUCAACCUGCAGAAAAAACAGCAGACAAUCACAAACGUAGUGGGGAAAAGGGUUCUGGAACAAGUCCACUCUCAAGGACGUGUGUUGGGAGACAGAAGUGUUUUGUAUAAAUACAUUAACCCCAACCUGGUGGUAGUGACUACAGAAGGGGAGGAGUCCUCCAGUCUCACUAAAGGUUCCAGCAAUUUUGUGAAUAUCUACCUGAUUGAUAGUAUAACCGGUCACAUUGUGUUCCAUGCUGGUCAUAAGAAAGCUAGAGGUCCAGUUAAUGUGGUGCAUGUAGAGAACUGGGUCGUGUAUGAUUACUUCAACCAGAAGGCACGUCGUCAUGAAAUAGCAGUGAUUGAAUUAUUCGAGGGAAAGGAACAAGGCAACUCCUCAGCUUUCUCCUCCUUCACGGCCCCACGAGAGCCACUUGUUCUACGUCAGUCCUACAUCAUGCCAGUCCACAUCACGACCAUGGAUGUCACAGUGACAGAAAAGGGCAUUACUAGUCGCAGUCUUCUGUUUGCCAUGACAGCAGGAAAAAUUUUGUCCCUACCGAAAGCACUUCUAGAUCCCAGGCGGCCAGUUAUUCCAUCUCCUGAAACAAUGGAGGAAGGUACCAUCCCCUACAUUCCCGAGAUUCCCAUUUCCACAGAGAUGAUGGUAAACUAUUACCAGAGUGUUGACAAGAUUAGGGGUAUACACAGCUCCCCUGCAGGACUCGAGUCAACCUCCCUCGUAUUUGUAUAUGGUCUAGAUCUGUUUUACACACGAGUGACGCCCUCACGAAUGUUUGAUGUUCUCAAAGAAGAUUUUGACUUUUAUUUUAUAUCCCUUGUCCUCUUAGGGAUGUUUCUAGUCACCUUUAUCACUCAAAAAUUAGCGUCUAGAAAGGCACUUAGUCGAGCUUGGAAGUGAUGAUAAUAAAUGUAGAGUUGUCAAAUCAAAUAGAAUUUUGUACCGUAGAUCUCUUUUUACCUAUUACAAACAAUCUUAUCAUUCUCCUGAAUACAUUAAUGCUCAUCUUCACGACAUCUUUGUGAUGAGACGAUAGGUAAAUGUUAUGUAUUAUGCUGUCUGCUUGAGAUAAUUUCCACACACUUGUGUAAUUUAUCUGUGGUAAGGAAAGUGGAGUAAAAGUUAAUUUGAGAUUUCACUUAUUCUGAAGCUGAAUCUGAUAUGACUUGUAUGUCAAAUUUGUUUAAAAAUGAUUGGGCUUAGUAACAUAUAAACAACAUAUGGCUUAUUUAAUAGAUAACUAAGUCUAAGGGCUUAUUUCACAGAUAACUAAGUCUAAGGGCUUAUUUCACAGAUAAUGAAGUCUAAGGGCUUAUUUCACAGAUAACUAAGUCUAAGGGCUUAUUUCACAGAUAACUAAGUCUAAGGGCUUAUUUCACAGAUAACUAAGUCUAAGGGCUUAUUUCACAGAUAACUAAGUCUAAGAGCUUAUUUCACAGAUAACUAAGUUGAAGGGCUCAUUUCACAGAUAACUAAGUCUAAGGGCUUAUUUCACAGAUAACUAAGUCUAAGGGCUUAUUUCACAGAUAACUAAGUCUAAGGGCUUAUUUCACAGAUAACUAAGUCAAAGGGCUUAUUUCACAGAUAAUUAAGUCUAAGGGCUUAUUUCACAGAUAACUAAGUCAAAGGGCUUAUUUCACAGAUUACUAAGUCUAAGAAAGGAACAACAAAAUAUAUCAAUUCACAUAUAAAUUGAAUGUAAAGGAGAUUUUUUUGUACAAUUUAUAAAACUGUUACACAGACUGCCUGAAGGCAUCCUGAUUAUUAAACAUUCCUUCACAGAUAAACUCAGCAUUUAGGAGACUUAUCUUAUGGAGAUAAUAGGUAACUUGGGUUAAAAUUAAAGGCAGACAUGGAUUGUAAAUUAUAUACAUUAAUUUUAGAAUAGUGCAGUAAAGAUUGUUCACAAAAAAGCCCUAACUAACUUUAACACUAAAAAUGAGGGGAAGGGGACUUUUUGAGUGUAAAUACUUUAAUCUACCAAGUGGCAUGAACGUGAAUUGAUGUACCAGCAGUAAUCUGGUAUCUUGGAAGGCUUAUUGCCUUGUCUAAUUGAUCUAUAUAUACACUAAAGGUACCUCAAGUUAAUGUGUUCCUAAUAUACAGUGCUAAUUGUCAGAAUUUAAAGGUAUAUUAUACUUCACCGGAAUGUCGGUUUUACUGUUUCUUUGGAUUAGAUAACAAAUUUACUCUUUUUAUUUUUCUCAUGUGUUAUUUCCUCUGUGUUUUUUGUUGCUGGCUAGCCUAGACCACAUGUCAGAGUUUCGAUAUAUCUGUUUCAGGAUCAAUUAUUAAGCAAUAUGAUUACGAUUUCUGACUUCACUCACCAUAACCCUUACUGCCUCUUUAUAGACUCUCUUUACUGACAUUACAACACUGUCCAAGAAUUCUUGUAACAUAUUUAUCUAGUAAAACAUCAGUGUCUUGUAAUUAGUUCAUUCAUUUAGAAUUAUAUUGUUCCAAUUAACUAUAAUAUUAAUAAUAAUAAUAAACCUUCUUUAUUAAGGAAGAAACAUGUUUAGCCUAAUCUUCCACAUCUUAGUAACUACAAAUGCAUGCUAUUUCACUAUCCUAUAAUGCGCCUACCUCUGACUUUCAGUAAGGUAGGGUGGUCCCUCGGAUUAUUGCAGGAUAAAUACAGUUUAUUGUGUGGCAGAUGGUCAGUGUGCGGGAGAUGGUCAGUGUGUGGGAGACGUGGCCAGGACUAGCGAGGGAUAAAAAUACAAACAUCAAGCACUGCCUCUAUUUUAAAGUAUUCUAUUAUACAUGAUAAAUGAUUUACAAGGAUGCAUUUUUGAUCAGAAAUCUUUUUUUUAACUAGUCGAAGUGUGAACAUUUAGUUUUGAUUUUUACAUCAUUUACACCAUUUUAAUAAAAUCUGGUGCUGUUUGAUUGAUGUGCUUUACUUUUGUAAGCAGUUUAAGUAUUGCCUAGUAAUACAAACUUAGACAGAGUUAGAUACUGCCUAGUACAGAUAGUCUUUUCCACUCUAACUGCAGAACUACAAAGGGGGCUAAGAAAUUCUAAGAUACUGGUAUGUCAGUCCCUCUCGACAUGCAUAAAAUAUAGUGUGUUAAGUAUAGUGUGAGUGUUACUAAUGACAUGCGUUUGAGAUUUAAAGAUCACUGUUGCAUGGUAAGAGUUCCUGACUGUAUGUUUAUUACGGAGGUGGAAAGAAAAGGUAAAUGUGCAAUGAUAGAGUAAGUGUUCAUAAAUAACUUAUAUUAUAGGUAUGUAGUUCUGUAUGACAUCUUUGGUGAGUUCUGUGCAAGAUGAAUAAAUUGUAUGUAAAUGUAUACAGGAAAUUGAAGAAUUUUAUUCUCAAAGAUACUUUACAAUAAGAACGUGUACAGAUAUUGGGUCGUAACCUAAAUGGGGGUGGCGAUAGCUGACGUAGGUAAGACGUUUGGCCUAUGUAACCUCGGGAUCGGGGAAGAUCUGAGGUGUAUUUUCAAAGCUCCUUACUUAUGUUUGUGUCCUUGGACAAGACAUUUACCUUAAUUACUCUGGAAAGUAUGCAAUGGGCCUCCUGUAUGUUGUUCAGUGAGGUAGCCACCAGUUACUACAAGGAGACCCCACCUCAGAAUGACUUUGGCUGUUCCAGGGGCAAUAAACCUAGCAUACAAAACAGCGUAGAUAAAUACCUUUGAUUGAUGCCUCAACCCAUUUUAUGUAUAGUCUUAUUGUAACGUGUGAUUUGUGAUUGAUCUAUAUAAGGAUGUCUUUUGUGACUGUGAAGUGUGUAUCUUUGUUAUAUGUAUACUUGUGAAAAACCAUUACAUGUUCAUAAUAUACUUUUUAGAAUUACCAUAAGAAUUAUUUAUGUUUAUUACGAGUUCUAAGACUCUCAUAUUGUUUUUGACAAAUUGAUAAUCUAACAAUCUAACACUUCACCAUGUUUAUUCUGAUCGAUUGAUAUUAACAAUCAAAUUUUACAGAUGUUGCGUAUCUUCAGAUUAGGUUAUCUAACUAAGAUUUGACACGUACAGGUAUGUGAUAUAUGCUUAAAGCUUUGGGCUAUAUACACUUCAACACGCCAGUUAAGGUCUCUUAAAUAAUGAUCAAGUAGAAAAAUAGUCCCCGUUAUAAAAAGUAAUCGUUGACCAUUAACUUUUUUUAUUGCUCAUGAUAAGGAUGAUUUAAUCAUGAGUACUCACUAAUAUAUGUAAAUUGUAUUCUACACAAAUCAAUUGUGUGAAUUUGGAUUAGGUAAAUACAAAUGUAAUGAUGAUUGACAAAGGUAUGAGAGGGAUAUUUGUGUGUUCAUCAAUCACAUGAAUAGUGAAUUUGUUUUAUUAUUCAAUUAAUCAACAAGUUGACAUAGAAAAUGAAUUCUCAGUACCUAGAUCUAUCAAGCAAAGUUGGCCCUAGAAAAUUAAAACAUUAUCAAAAACAGUCACUGCAAAUAACUAUGUGUAUAUGCUGUAUCAUGUAUUAGGUGACGACAUCAAUUGGGAAGGGAGACAUUACAUUUCUAUGUGUGCCUGUAUCGCAUUGGUGAGUAUGUAAUACAAAAACAGUGAGCCUGGGUGUAUUGCCCUGGACACACCAGUACUACACAGGUAGAAAUGAGAGAAAAUGAGAUUUAUUUUUAUUGGUAUAUAAUCUUGGUUAUUGAAAAUGUAAGGAAAAUCCAUCUAAAUUGUGUCAGUUGAAUUUACUAUUGCAUCAUGUUUUCUCCUCUAGAAUGAUCUCAAAGUGUUAUUACAGGAGGUAUACUUCACAUGUAGGACUCAUUUACCAGAUAAUCGAUAAAGGAAUCAAUCAUUCCUCUCAUUUUAAUGGCCAGAUGAUGAAAUAUUUCAGCAUUUUGACAGCAGCGUUUCCGACAUAAUACAUAUGUAAACACAACCUGCCCUGUCCUUGGCAUUAAAUGAAAACAUUGUUACUCCUAAAUAUGAAAUCAUGUGUUGAAAUAUGUACAUAGGGAGGUUGAGAUAUUUCAACCAAUACCAGGUACAUGGAUGUAAAGCUGGUUAAUUGGUAUGUAAGUGGAGAGAUGUAAAAUGAUAAUAAUACACAAAAAGUUACUUUCUAUGGAAAACUAAUGUGACCUGCUAACUGGUUUAUGCGAAUGCUUAAAGCAAAUGGCUUCGUGUGAAAUCUGUUGAUCUGAAAGUAGUUUUGUUGGGAAUAAUUAAACUGGAAAGUUUUUACAAUGCAUCAUCGGUUUGCACAGUAUAGUAGAAAAACUUUCAGCAUCUCAAAUUACUGAGGCCUAAUUCAUAAAAAAUACUUCAGAUUCAGCUUUUUGUUUAAGCAUUAAAAGCAGUGUAUUCAAUUAUAUAGUGUCCAAAAAAUUAACAAAUUGCAACAACAGCAUUAACAGUUGUGUAUGACAACAUAAUCAAGUUACACCUGUAUUACUUCAAAAACACAUUAGGGUGUUCUUUAAACAUUAGUUUAAGAAAGGUUAAUGUGAAAACAGUUACACAUUUUCUCUUCUGAAGUAAAAUAUAUUUACAAACCCAUUACAAUAUUACAAACAAUCGUGGCUGAAGACAGUUAAAGUUAAACAUCAAAUUUCAUGCCAUGAAACAACCAGAUUGCAACUUUGAAGAAUUCACCCUACUGAUCUCAUUUAAAGCAGAUUGGUUUUUUUUACUGGUGAUUGAUGUGAAAUUUAAGUUGAUGUGUAAGAAAGGUUGGAUGAGUAAUUUCUUUUCUCUCUAUUUAUGCAGAUGUUUUUUGAAAAAAUUGUGUGUUUGUUUUAACUGGUUUUUUUUUUCUGAUAAGCACAUGUUCACAAUUGAGAAGUGGAAGAGAAUGAAAGUUGAUGCUGUGAGUAUAUAAACAGAAUGUAUGUAGAAUACAAAGUAUCCAGAACCCAUUCCAUGUUUACCAGGUUGUAUUGUGGUAAAUAAAAUGAACUCACUGAUAAAAUCUA